UUACUUUGCUCGCAAAUUUUGUCAUACGUGUCUUAUAAGAUAAAUAAAAGAUAUUACUUAUUUCUUCACGUAGAAUUAUUUAGUUGUUCAUACAGUAAACAGUGUCGAUCAAAGGCUACAUUUUCCUAACCUAGAAAUAAUGCAAGCAAUCAAGAACGUAGCACGUAGUUUACUUUCUACAUGGCAACCUAUAUUAAUAACACCAGUAGCUGGUUUGAAGAUUUUUCCUUCGCCAAUAAAAUUUGGCAAUAUUGAAUAUCCGGAGCGAUCAAGACUCAAAGUAGUGGACAAAGUCCCACAGUUUCCAGCAGGAAUGCGCCCUCCUAAAAUGCAAAAACGACUAAGAUAUAUGCGAGGUCCAGAAGAGAUACAGAAUUUCCUUAUGUACAGGCAAUUUGGUAUUAUUGCUAUAUGCGGAGGUAGAUUAAAGUAUGGUCAUUUUGAGAUGAUACGUUUGACAAUUGGUAGAAAACUUGAUCAAUCAAGGAUGUUUGCAAUUUGGCGUGUAGAUCCACCAUGGCAACCACUUACAAAAAGGGGGUUAGGACAUCGUAUGGGUGGAGGUAAAGGUUCUAUUGAUCAUUAUGUCACUCCUGUUAAAGCAGGACGAGUUAUUAUAGAAAUUGGUGGCCAUUGCGAAUUUUUUGAGGUAGAAAAAAUAUUAACUCAAGUUGCAAAUCAACUACCGUUCAAAGCCAAAGCUAUCAGUCAAGAAAUUAUGGAUAAAGAUGCAGCUAAACAGAAAUGGUUAGAAGAAAACAACCAGCAUCUUUGGAAUUGGAAAUACAUGAUUCAAAAUAAUAUGCUCGGUUGCCAUAAAUGGAUAUCACCAGUUGAUAAACAGUGGUUUAACAAAUAUCUCUAAAUAACAUGAAAAAAUAUCUAAGAAAGCAUUUUUUCUUUUCAUAGAUUUUUCAAGAAAUCAUCUCACAAUCGAUAUAAUAUUCCCAAAUUUGAUUAAUUUCCCAAGUGGUCUAUGUCUGAGAUAUGUUUUUAAGAUAAAUUGAAAAUUCAUAAAUCAA